AUGGAUUUAGAUAUAAGUCAAUUUCUGCAGAGGCAAGAUAAUGAACUUAGCUACAAUACAGACUUUAUAAAAACAAACUGGAGUGGGCUUACUGAAAAUGGAGAUGAAGAAUUGGGUGAUUCAUUUGGAAAGGAGGAUGGAUAUUUAUUUGAAGACAUGGGUGAUAUUCUUGAAAAUGCCAGAUCAACAUUUAAACACACGUCAGAAUCAGAAACUGUAGAUGUAGGGUCAGAGGAUUCGAGUGAAUGCAUUGACAUUGAUUUAGACUUUCUUAGUAGAUCACAGACAGUAACUGGUCUACAAUCUUUCACUAAUAACGUUGCCAAAGAAAACAUUAUACAGAUUUCAGAUGACAGUGAAACUGAAAGUGAUUGCUAUGUGACUGCAUCACAACAUGAACAAGUACCGAGCAGUGGCAAUGUUUUAAUUGACAAAAAGGCACCAGCACCAAUAGAACAAAAGUCAAAUGUUCAAAUUUACUAUCAACAAGAUGAAAAAGGAAAUGUAGGCAUGUUUCUGUGUGUCCAAGAUAAAGCUCUGGAUGGAACUGCUAAUCUUGGAACUGAAUAUGCUUCAAAUAAUUCAAGAAACAUUGCUGUGGUUAAAAGUCAGAAUGUCAGUGAAGCUAUUCCUUGGUUAAUUAACAGCAGUGACAUGCUGGGACAAACUGUUGCUGAACCUAUGACAACAAAAUGUCUUAUCAAUGAGGGGGUUGUUAAUCUGCAUGAAAGCAGUCAUCAUUCACCUUCAGUUACUGAAAAAGAAGGCACUUCUGAAUUGAAUACAAUUAAUGGUGCAAAGAAGAAGAAGUUUCCCAAACUUUUUGGAGUUUUAACAGAGAAAUGCCAAUCCCCAAUUGAACUUGCUAAAGCAAGUAAAUCUGAAUCUUUUAAAACAAGUUUUACUGUUCAAGCCCCACAGUCUGAUAAAUUUCCUGAACAACUUAAUGAUUUGUCAAAGCCAGAAGAGGUGGAUGACAAUUCUUGUAUAAUUGUUCAGUCAGCUGAGUUGGAAUGUACAAAUGAGAAGUCAGAAGAAACUUCCAAAUCACCAAAGGAGUUGCCGAAUGUGAUUCAAAUUUUAUCAGAAAAUGACCCAUUAAAUUCCGAAAGUGUUCAAACUGUCUUGGUUAAAAGCAUUGUAACAGAAACCAAGGAGGCAAAGGAGAUAAAGCCAAAUAAAAGAAGAGUCAGUCAACGUGGUUUGAAGUCGCAGACUGUUAACCGAAAUACUAAAAAACUCUUGAAGAAAAAAAUCAAAAAGGAACUGGUGCAAAUACUUCCCAAAGAACAUUUUACAAAUAAAAUUGGAUUUGUAAAAGACGAAAUGGCUACCCCACUAAAAGACCCAGGUUUAUCUGCCCCUAGGCUUCCUGUCGGUCUGUACAAAGACAAAAGUAACUCACAGGAGGAGGAAAAAGAGGAUGCUGUAGACAUUUCUAAACCCUGUAGCUGUAACAUCUGUGGCAGGGUGUUUCUUAAAUAUUCUGACUUGGAAAUGCAUGUCCGUGGACAUCUUGGAGAUCGCCCAUAUCAAUGCAACAUGUGUGAACGAAAUUUCAAACAUAAUUCAAACCUGCAGCGUCACAUGAGAUCUCACACAGGUGAAAAACCUUAUCUCUGUACACUGUGUGAGAAAUCAUUCAUUGAUUGUACACAAUUACGCAAGCAUAUACGUACUCACAGCAGUGAAAAAAGUGAUUUCUGUAAAAUUUGCAAGAAAGGAUUUGUGUCAAAAACAAAUCUAAAACAGCAUAUGUUGACACAUCUUGAUGACAGACCAUUCAAAUGUGAAUUCUGCAAUAAAGGGUUUAACAAAAAUGCCAAUCUCAAAGGCCAUUUAAAAGUUCAUCUUGGGUACAAACCAUGGGUGUGUGAUGUAUGUGGGAAAGAAUUUCCGGAGAAAAACCGCCUGAAAAUGCAUGAGAGAAUUCACUGGGAGGACAAACCAUAUAAAUGUGACCAGUGUGGUGCUCAAUUUGCCCAAAUCUCCAAUUUGUAUGUUCACCAAAGAAAGCACAAGGGAGAUAAACCUUGGAAGUGUGGUCAAUGUGGGAAAUGUUUUAUGAUGAAGAGUCACCUGACACAACAUGUUAAAAGACACACAGGGGAGAAACAAUUCCAGUGUGCUGUUUGUUUGAAGGAGUACUACGGCCGGGGUGAGUUCAACAGACACAUGAGAACCCACACAGGGGAGAAAAAUCAUGUAUGUGAAAUCUGUCAAGAGCGUUUUAUCGACAGCGCAACACUUAAAAUGCACAAACGGAAAGUUCAUGAAAAUGUUAGGUUCCACUGUAAAUUCUGCAAUAAAGAAUUCCACUUUAAAUCCAGUCUUAGGCGGCAUGAGACAAUCCACACUGGUUUAAAAAAUCAUUUCUGUAAGAUUUGUAAUGCUGGGUUUCUGUUUCAAGUAGAGCUAAGGGACCACAUGAAUAAACAUAUGGGAUUUAAACCACAUACCUGUGAUGUGUGUGGUAAAAGUUUCUACAAAGUUUCUGAGCUCAACCAACACAAGAAGGUUCACACAGGAGAGGAGAUGAUCUAUUGCGAGUGCUGUGACAAAACAUUUAACUACAAACAGUCCUACACCAAGCACUGUCAAUCAGAGAGGCAUGCUCGAAAUCUCAAAGGAGAAGGCAAAGAGGUGGCACCAGCUAAGAAGAAAGGCACAUCUAAAAAGAGGACUAUAAGCAGAGGGUCUGAGGUGGAGUCCACUGAUGAAGAUGGAGAAAAUCUGUCAGGGGUAGAUAAUUCUGGAAAUUCUAUACAGACAACAGACAUUGAGAAAAACACUAUACCUUCAGAUCAGAUGUUAAACUAUGAACUAGCUCAGUAGUAUUUUAAAACGUGUGCAUGCUCAUGCUUUGGCUGUUUCCAGUGAAUUACAUGUACUUUUUAGGCUUGUCUGAAUUGAAGGUUCAAGUGAGCUUUUCUGAUCACCUGUUGUCCGUUUAUUAACUUUUCACAUUUUUGUCUUCUUCUCCAGAACCGCUCAACCACGCUUGCCACAAAGCAUCUUUAGGUGAAGGAGAUUAAAGAUUAUUCAAAUGAAAUUGUGACUCCAUAUUAUGGCCCAACUACAACUCUAAGGGUCUCUGAAUCCACACAACAUGGUGAUGAUUCAAUAUCAAUAUGACUAGCAUGGCCUUUUGGAAAAAAUCUUUUGCUGUAUACAUGCAUUGUGUAAAAUGUGAUCCUGAUUUUAGCCAGCUCUAACCUGAGGUCCAUAAUUUGAAAAAAAGAAAUAUGAAUUCACUCAACUUAGGAAUGUAAAAAAUGAAUGGUUCUGUAAUAUGGUUUGGGCCAUGGAUAUCGGCCUGGCUAGCUCAGUCAGUAGAGCACCUGACUAGUGAUGCAGGGGUCCAGGGUUCGAUUCCUAGUCCAGCCAUACAUUUUCUCCUUUCCUGUUACAGAUUUGGUGCCAUUGACCACCCCUGGACUUGCAGGUGAAAGUCCUGCCAGGGGCAAAUAAAAACCUGGGUUGUGUCUUUGAGGGCAAAGACACUUUAAGGAGGGAGGACUAUAAUGGUUAGGGCCCUGGAUAUCGGCCUGGGUAGCUAAGUCGGUAGAGCACCUGACUAUUGAUGCAGGAGUCCCUGGUUCUAUUCCCAGUCCAGUCUUUCCUGUUACAGUUCUAUCACGGUUCUUGAGAAGAUUUUCAAAAAAUUAUAUGGUCACAUGAUAAACUUUUAUCCCUCAUUGUGGCCCCACUCUACCCCUUGGGGUUAUUAUUUGAAUGAUUUAUAAUCUACACUAUGUAUAGAAGGUUUCACAUAAGUUUCAUCUUUUCUGGUCCAUUGGUUCUUGAAAAGAUUUUAAAAUUUUUUUCCCCCUAUAUAUUAAAUAUUAAAUUUGAAUCUGCUAGUGGCCCUAUCCUAUCCCCCGGGGACAGGAUUUAGAGUCUACAUGUCUGGAAGCUUUCACAUAAGUUUCAACUCUGUGGUCCAGUGAUUCUUGAGAAGAUUUUUUCACCUAAAUAUUUCAUUGUAAAGCUUUAAUCCCCUAUUAUGGCCCCACCAUAUCCAUAGAGGCUAUAUGACUUAAACAAUUUAGAAUGUACACUGUCUCUUUCACAUCAGUUUCAUCUUUUCUGGCUUGGUGGUUCUUGAGAUUUUAGUGACCCCACCCUAUUUUUGUCUUUUUCUUGAUUUUCUCAUCUUAAUUGUAAUGGAGCUUAGCCCUGAAUUUGAACAAUUCAGAAUCCCCUUCAUCCAAGUAUGCUUUGUGCCAACUUAGGUUAAAAUUGAACCCGCCGUUCUUGAGAAGUUGAAAAAUGUGAAAAGUUAAAAGACAUGUGAUUAAAGGUGAACAUGAUUUGUAAAUGGAAGAGAUCUAUGUUUGCCAUAUUACUCUGCAUUUUAUUUUAGCUGUAAGGCCCCUGUAUAAGCCAUUCACUUGGUCAAAGUUCAGUGAAAUCAGUUUUAACUGGUGUGGAUGGAUGUAUGCUACAUAGCUAUUGUAAAAACUCUUGGUAAUAAUAAAAGUAGCUGUGCUUCUUCUACGGCAGAAGAGAAAGUUAUCAAAGAAACUUACGUUAGUUGCACAGGUUAAUGCAGUACGAACACAAAUACACAUAAACUGCAAUAAAAUGUGAACAAAGAUAAUGUAAGAAAACUGACAUGAACAGGUGUCAUCUAUUCCACACAGGUACCAGUGACAAGAAAUGAGAUGUAAGGAAUGUGAAGGGUAUUCCCCAGUGCUGAUUCUAGAGAUAGGAAAACUAAUAUGGCAUAUGCCUAUUUACAAAUCAUGUUCAGAUUUAAUGUGGAGGCUGACAGAAAGACAGAUGGAUGCCAGACAACAGGUGAUCAGAAAUGCUCACUGGAGCUUAAUACAGCAUAGGUGAGCUAAAACUUUUUUUUUUUUUUUUAAAACUUCUUGUGAAGAACAGCAUGGUUAUUGUAAGUCAUAUUUAUAAUUAUGCAAGCAUCCUCAGGUUGUGUAGGUUCAAUAAUGUUCAUAUGUUCAAAUCAUUGACUCUGGGGGUAGGACGGGGACAUUUUUCUGAAAGAACAGCAUGACCAAGUUGAUUCAUGUGAAUGUUGUGGCCCAUGGGCCUGUUGUUAUUGUAUUGUUAUCAAAAAUAUCUUUCUAAAAAAACAUUGUUUUAUAUAUGUAAUUCAUAUUAUACAUAUUCAAUAUUUAUGUUGUAAGUUUCUUA